GUGCCCUAACCCAGAAUCAGAACUCAUCUCACCUCUCUCUUCUCUCGCCACUCUCUCCCUCAAGCCCGUCGCCGGCUCCUCAAGCUCGCGUCGCCCCCUCAAGCUGUCGCCGCCUCAAGCUCGCGUCGCCGCCUCAAGCUCGCGUCGCCGAGCUCGUCGCCGCCUCAAGCUCGUCGCCGCUCAAGCUCUGUCGCGCUCUGUCAUAGUUCGUAAGCUCGCCUUCCUGCUUCGGCCAUCAACGCUUCCUCGGCCCUGAGUCUGGGUUUAGGGUUUCAGCUUCGCCUUGGUUCUUCCAUCAACGCUUGCUUCGUGUCUCUGCCUAUAUGAUGACCGAAUCAACCGGAUAGUUGAAUCAGUAACUCAGUGAUCCGGUCAUAUGACCGAAUUGAUUGUCGGUUUGGUUCUGAUAACUAUGGCUAGGAGAGUUAUGUUUCACUGUUUUGAGUUCACUUCACUUUUGUAUCAGUGAAAAUGGCUCUAACCGUCAAGCUGCCAAUACGGUUCCCAAUAUUCGCGCCAAUUAUCGACCCGUAUCGGACAGAUGAACCGACCCAAAUAUCCACAGAGGUCAGAUUCUCUCGUUGGAACAACGCCAACGCCGCCAAGUUCAACGAGCGCCGGCGAACUUCCGCCGUUUCCAGCGCCGCCGUUAAAACCUUCAAAUCCGCCGGGACGCCCUCCGCUCCGUCGAGGCCUUCCAUCCCCGGCAGGAAAUCGAAGUACUCCAAACCGCCGGCGGAGCCCCCGCGGGAUUCUCAUGCUGCGGUUAGGUUUUCCAGCACCCCGAAUUCGAAUCCAAGCAGGACUCAAUUGGCGCCAGCAAACGUGAGAAUUGGCGAUGACGGAGUCUCCUACGUGGUCGAAGGCGCACCGUUCGAGUUUCGGUACAGCUACACGGAAACGCCAGCGGCGAAGCCGGUGAAGAUUCGGGAGCCAUCGUAUGUGCCGUUCGGACCAGCGACGAUGCCGCGGCCAUGGACCGGACGGGCACCGCUGCCGACGAGCAAGAAGAAGUUGAGGGAAUUCGACUUGUUUGUUCUGCCUCCGGCAGACAAGAAGGGGGUGAAGCCCGUCCAGAAGCCCGGACCCUUUUUACCCGGAUCGGGCCCGAAACACGUGCAGUCGAAGGAAGAGUUGUUGGGGGAGCCAUUGACGAAGGAAGAGAUCAAUGCGUUGGUUGCCGGCACCAUCAAAUCUGCCCGCCAGCUCAAUAUUGGUAGAGAUGGUUUGACACAUAACAUGUUGGAGAAUAUACAUGCUCUUUGGAAACGACGGAGAGUGUGCAAGAUAAAGUGCAAAGGAGUGUGCACCGUCAACAUGGAUAAUGUGUGCCAACAGUUAGAGGAAAGGACUGGGGGAAAAAUCAUUCAUAGGAAAAGUGGUACGGUAUACCUCUUCCGGGGCAGAAACUACAACUAUAGAACACGCCAACGUUUUCCUCUGAUGCUGUGGAAACCUGUAUCUCCAGUAUAUCCUAGGUUGGUUAAGCGAGUUCCAGAAGGCCUAACACUAGAAGAAGCAACUGAAUUUCGUCGGAAGGGAAGGAACUUGGAACCGAUAUUCAAGCUAGCAAAAAAUGGUGUUUACUGUGACCUUGUAGCAAAUGUCAGAGAGGCUUUUGAAGAGUGUGAACUAGUGCGAAUAAAUUGUCAAGGACUAAAUGAAAGUGAUUAUCGAAGGAUUGGAGGAAAACUAAGGGAUCUUGUUCCAUGCAUAUUACUCUCAUUUGAGAAUGAACACAUACUUAUGUGGAGGGGAAAAAAGUGGAGGUCCUCUUUCCCAGCUCUCGAAGAUGAUUACAAUGAAGCCAAUAAAAUUGAUGUUGACAGUGACAAUUCCAACACACCGACUUCAGAUGCCCCAGAAUUGUCUGAAAUGUCUUUACAGGAGAAUUCAUUAGAGCAUCUAAGCAGUGAAUCUUAUGACACUAGUAUUUCUUCGAGUUCAGCUGAUGUGAGUUUCUCUCAAGCUGAGGUGCCUUACCCUAUAGAAGAUAGCAAUCCACCUUUCUCGAUGGUUACUGACGCUGCUUCACUUUCUAUGGGAACCUGUGAAGUUGAAACCACAGAUGAUGUCAGGGGUUCUCCACCUUCUGGUAGCACAAAACCAAGUGUUUCUGUGCUGGAAAGUUGUGAGAAUUCUAUUGAUGGCAAGGUAGAUCCUUCUACAGAUGGGUUGCUAGAUAGUUCAAGUGCAGCUGAUGAAAGUUUAAUUUCAACAUCAUCUGCAUCUUGCACAGAAGGAGUUAUGUUACUGUGGGAGCAAGCUGUUGAGAAAGGUAGUGCACUUGUUUUAGAUGACAGAUCUUUGGAUGCUGACAAUGUUUAUCAAACCGCAGUGGCUUUUGCCAAAUCAGCUCCACCAGGGCCUGUUUUUAGCCGAUCUAGAAAGGUUAGGGUUCAAAAUAAUGACGAGGAAGAAGAUUCAACUUUUGAGAAAAAAGAAGUUACCACUGUUGUGAUUGAAGGUAAAAUGGAGAACACUCAGAAGAGUUCCGAAAUUCGAAGAAAAGAUUUUGAUGAGCGACAGAGGAAUGUAGUGCCACAGGGAACAUCAAGAGUAGAUGAACUUGUGAGACUUCUGACAUGAUACCACCAAAAUGUCCUAGCUGCAAAUGGGGCUAAUUAGUUUUGGAAGUCCAGAGAUAUGGAUGGAAAAUAUCCUUGUGUUUGGCUACGGUUCCAGCAACUCUAAUGUUUCUAGUUCUUGGAGGUACAUUUUGUAAGAAAUUAUAUUAUGUCUCUAGUGUUGUGUGUUGCAUUUUAUAGGAUUAAUAAAUAUAUCAGUUAAUUAAAUGAAGGAAAGCUUGUUAGUAGAUAUUUGAAAGUAACUAACUUGAUGGAAGUUAGUUUACGAGAAACAAAACCAGAAUUCCUCUUCCUGCCAAUGAAGUUCCUCUUCUUCUUUCACAAGUCUUGACAAAGAAAUAAAGAAAGCGCAAAGGAAUAGACAAGUGAAUUCUCAAUAUGAACUCCAAUCAAUGAAUCAGGAGACACCUAACACCCUUGCAGAACCAGGCAAACUUGAAGAGGCAAGAUGGGUGCUAGGGAGAGUUAGAGCCAAGAGGUAUGGAGAUUAUGGAAGCCAAAUUUCAAGAUCUUGCUCAUGCUAGUAAAGAACCACAAGCGGUCAAGAACCAUUUGGGAAACACCACAAGAAAUAGAAGCCCAAGUCAGUGAUAGCUGCCUUGGGGAUUUGCAUUUCAAAAUCUCCCUGGCAAAAAAAAUAACUACUCUCUUUUAUGUUGUUUCCUUUUUUUUCCCCAGAGUUUUGGCUUUGCCUCUAAAGC